CUUGAUGUUCUUUUAUCUUACAGAUAUCUCAGAGCUGUUGUUGCUGAUGUUGCGGUUGUUGCCAAAUGUCAUCUAAGUGCUCUUUAUACUCAUGAGAAGGGGCGGCUUUUUGCACAACUGGUUGACCUAUUGCAGUUUUAUGAGGGUUUCGAGAUCGAUGAUCAUGUUGGGACACAAUUAGAUGAUGAUGAAGUUCUUAGAACUCAUUAUUCUUGUUUUCAGGCGUUUCAGUUAUUGGCAUUUAAAAAAAUUCCCAAGUUACGAGAACUUGCUUUGGCUAACAUCGGUGCAAUUAACAAACGUGCUGAUCUCUCAAAGAAAUUGUCUGUACUUUCUCCAGAAGAGCUAAAGGACUUGCUGUGCAAUAAGCUCAAAUUGGUAUCGAAGGAUGACCCCUGGGCAGGAAGGACUGAUUUUCUUAUUGAAGUUAUGGUCUCCUCCUUCGAGAAACGGCAGUCCCAAAAGGAAGCCAUAAAUGCUCUUCCUCUUUACCCAAAUGAACAAAUAAUGUGGGAUGAAAGCCUUGUACCAAGUAUCAACUACUCGGGAGAAGGUUGCCUGGCCCUCCCAAAGCUUAAUCUUCAAUUCCUGACACUUCAUGAUUAUCUGCUGAGAAAUUUCAAUCUUUUCCGUCUGGAGUCAACAUAUGAAAUUCGUGAGGAUAUCCAGGAAGCUGUGCCCCACCUUCUUGCGUACAUUAAUAAUGAAGGAGAAACUGCUUUUCGUGGUUGGUCAAGAAUGGCAGUGCCUAUCAAGGAAUUUAAGAUUUCUGAGGUAGGGCAGCCAAAUAUUGGAGAAGUCAAGCCAUCAUGUGUGACAGCGGAGGUUACAUUCAGCAUUUCCAGUUAUCGAGCACAAAUAAGAUCUGAAUGGAAUGCCCUUAAAGAGCAUGAUGUCUUAUUUCUACUUUGUAUACGUCCUUCUUUUGAGCCUCUUAGUGCUGAGGAGGCUGCAAAGUCAACUGUCCCUGAAAAGCUUGGACUUCAAUAUGUACGUGGAUGUGAAAUCAUUGAAAUCCGUGAUGAGGAGGGAACUCUCAUGAAUGAUUUCACUGGACGUAUUAAAAGAGAUGAGUGGAAGCCUCCUAAAGGGGAACUGCGAACUGUAACUAUUGCUCUUGAUACAGCACAGUACCACAUGGAUGUCAGUGACAUUGCAGAGAAAGGUGCAGAAGAUAUUUAUGGGACAUUUAAUAUACUAAUGAGGAGGAAACCCAAGGAAAACAAUUUCAAAGCAAUUUUGGAGUCCAUUAGAGACCUUAUGAAUGAAACUUGUAUUGUUCCUGACUGGUUGCAUAACAUAUUUUUGGGCUACGGAAAUCCUUCAGCUGCACAGUGGACAAAUAUGGCUAAUCUUCUAGAGACAGUGGAUUUCAAAGAUACUUUUCUAGAUGCAGACCAUUUGAGGGAUAGCUUUACAGGUUUUGAGGUCUCCUUUGUAAAUUCAGAUGGCGCUGAGAAUUUGCAUCCUGAACCUCCUUUUCGAAUUAAACUGGCCAAGGCAAUGAAAGGCAAUUCUCAUGCUCUACCAGGAAACAAGAAGUCUACUACUACAAUAGAUGACGGCUAUAUGGUGGACGCAUCUUUGGAACGAGAACGACUUAUUGUUGAGGCAUAUGUCCCUCCUAACCCAGGUCCUUAUCCCCAAGACAAGCCAAAACAGAACUCUGUCAGAUUUACUCCAACACAGAUUGGAGCUAUCAUCUCCGGUGUUCAACCAGGGCUGACAAUGGUCGUGGGUCCACCUGGUACGGGAAAGACUGAUACAGCUGUCCAGAUCUUGAAUGUUCUUUAUCAUAAUUGUCCUUCUCAGAGGACGUUGAUAAUUACUCAUUCAAAUCAAGCUUUGAAUGACCUGUUUGAGAAGAUCAUGCAGAGAGAUGUGCCUGCUCGAUACCUUCUCCGCCUGGGUCAAGGUGAACAGGAACUAGCAACUGAUCUUGACUUCAGUCGUCAGGGUCGUGUAAAUGCAAUGCUUGUGCGACGCCUAGAAUUGCUUGAUGAAGUAGAGAGGCUUGCUAGAACUCUUCAACUGCCAGAGGAUGUAGGUUACACUUGUGAAACUGCUGGAUACUUCUGGUUGAUGCAGGUUUACUCACGCUGGGAGCAAUUUCUUGCUGCUUGUGAGAAGAAUCAAGAUAAUCUGACAUUUGUUAAAGAUUGCUUUCCCUUUAAGGAGUUCUUCUCCAACACACCAGAGCCUGUUUUUACAGGUCAGUCCUUUGAGAAAGACAUGCGUGCGGCCAAAGGGUGUUUUCGUCAUCUUAAAACCAUGUUCCAGGAGUUGGAAGAGUGUAGGGCAUUUGAAUUGCUGAAGUCAACAGCUGAUCGGGCAAAUUACCUGAUGACCAAGCAGGCAAAGAUUGUUGCGAUGACUUGUACUCAUGCAGCCCUUAAGAGGAAGGACUUCCUUCAGGUGGGGUUUAAAUAUGACAACUUGCUUAUGGAAGAAAGUGCUCAGAUCUUGGAGAUAGAGACCUUCAUCCCUAUGUUGCUCCAAAGGCAGGAAGAUGGAUAUGCACGACUAAAACGCUGCAUACUGAUUGGUGAUCAUCACCAGUUGCCUCCUGUUGUGAAGAACAUGGCUUUCCAGAAAUACAGCCACAUGGAUCAAAGCCUGUUUACAAGGUUUGUUCGUCUUGGAAUCCCUUACAUUGAGCUCAAUGCUCAAGGUAGAGCCAGGCCAAGUAUAGCCAAGCUUUACAAUUGGAGGUACCGAGAUCUGGGGGACCUUCCAUAUGUUUGGGAGCAAGCUAUCUUCCAUAAAGCUAAUGUUGGAUUCUCCUAUGAGUAUCAGCUAGUGGAUGUUCCAGAUUACCAUGGGAGAGGUGAGAGUGCCCCUUCACCUUGGUUUUAUCAAAAUGAAGGAGAGGCAGAAUAUAUUGUCAGUGUAUAUAUGUACAUGCGUCUACUUGGGUACCCUGCCAGUAAGAUUUCCAUCUUGACCACUUAUAAUGGCCAGAAACUUCUGAUUCGUGAUGUCAUCAAUAGACGAUGUGUUCCGUAUGACUUUAUUGGUCCACCUAGCAAGGUUACCACUGUUGAUAAGUUUCAAGGUCAGCAAAAUGACUAUAUUUUAUUGUCUCUUGUUCGUACUCGCUUUGUGGGCCACCUUCGCGAUGUUAGAAGAUUGGUCGUCGCUAUGUCUCGAGCACGACUCGGGGUGUACGUGUUUUGCCGUCGUUCUCUAUUUGAACAGUGUUAUGAACUACAACCAACAUUUCAGCAUCUAUUGAAGAGACCUGAUCGCCUUGCCCUAAAUUUGGAUGAGGUUACUCCUUUUACGGAACGUCUUGUGGGAGAUACUGGUAGGAUAAAUUUCAUUGGAGGUAUUGAGGAGAUGGCUAAUCUUGUUAAUUUUCAAAUGCAUCAGUUCUAUCAGGCACGAAUCAUGAGCUACAACUAUAACCAAUACUAUUCAGGACAAGAAGCUCCAGCCUUCAGUGAACACAAUGGACAUGAUACUAAUCAGAACAUUACAGUGGACCAUGACGGGCCUACUGGUGCAAAUGAAGAUGACGGUCAGAUUAGUGGAUCUGUGAAUCAUCAAAAUGGGGAUUUUCCACGUAACAACAGUUCAGAGGGUGAAAGUCAGAUUGCCUCUGAAAAUGAUGGGAAAGUAACGAGGAUGGAAGAGGGGGCAACUCAGAUUGCCUCUGAAAAUGAUGGGGGAAUAACGAAGAUGGAAGAGGGGGAAACUCAGGUGGCUUCUGAAAAUGAUGGGGGAGUAAUGAAGUUGGAAGAGGGGGAAACUCAGAUGACCUCUGAAAAUGAUGGGGAAACGAGGAUGGAAGAGUGAGACUGACUAGAAAUCAGUUGAAUGUCCUCUGGGGUCUGAAGCUUGUUGUUAAGAUCUGUUCGCAGAUCUGUACAUAAUUGUAAGGGGCACCAAAUUUCAGCCUUGUGUCUCAUCAAUUUUAGCUACUCUUUUGAGUAGUUUAGCCAAUGGUACAACACUGGACCACUACUUGGCCAGAGCUUUGUCAUGUUCGGUUAGGUUAAUGAUGACAUGAGGCUGCUGGUCAUAACAAGCCCAGCCUUGUGAUGUUCGGAUCACAUUUUAAGGUGGGUGAGGGAAGAAAAGUUGAAGGAAAAACUGAAGUUUGCUUAUUUGGCAACUGUAAUGGUGCUGAUUAACAUAUGUUUACCUGUGCCAAGUAAAGAAUUUAUGUUGUGUAACUGACCAACUGCAGCUCGAAGGAAAGCUAUUUAGGGCUGAGCACAUGGAACGAACGCACGAUAUAUUUAUUAAGCAGUCCUAGUUCUUUGCA